AUGCUUGGUGAAACCACAGAAACUGUCCCUGCCACAGAGCUGGAGCUGUCACAGCCCCAGGCUGAGACAGGGUCGGGAACAGAAUCUGACAGCAAUGAAUCAGUACCAGAGCUCAAGGAACAAGACUCCACACAGACAGCCACACAAGCCCAGCUGGUGGCAGCAGCUGAAAUUGAUGAAGAACCAGUCAGUAAAGCAAAGCAGAGCCGGAGUGAAAAGAAAGCACAGAAGGCUAUGUCCAAACUGGGUCUUCGGCAGGUUACAGGGGUUACUAGAGUCACUAUCCGGAAAUCUAAAAAUAUCCUCUUCGUCAUCACCAAACCAGAUGUCUACAAAAGCCCAGCUUCAGCCACCUACAUCGUAUUUGGAGAAGCCAAGAUUGAAGAUUUGUCUUGGCAAGUACAGUUAGCAGCUGCUGAGAAGUUCAAAGUUCAAGGUGAAGCUGUUUCGAACAUUCAAGAAAAUACUCAGACUCCAAUAGUACAAGAGGAGAGUGAGGAGGAAGAGGAUGAUGAAGCAGGCGGGGAAGGUAAGGACAUAGAAUUGGUCAUGUCACAGGUGAAUGUGUCCAGAGCAAAGGCAGUCCGAGCCUUGAGAAACAACACUGAUGAUAUUGUAAAAGUUAUUAUGGAACUAACAAUGCAACUAUUUGACAGCGAGGACACUCCCCAUCCCCUCCCUUCUUUUUAG